ACAUUCGCUAACAACCGGUAGCUCCAAUCGUUUUUAAAUUUUAUUUUUUAAUUUAUUGUUUUUAAUGGAAAUAUUUUGCCUUAUAAGAAACCAUUUGCGCAUUUCAUUUACUUGCAACAAACCGAGAAGACAAAGACAUUACAAGAAGAUGGUUGCAGUUGAAAGAGUUGAGAGCUUAGCAAAGAGCGGAAUCGAAACGAUCCCAAAAGAAUACAUUCGUCCAAAAGAAGAGCUAGAGAGCAUCAACGACGUGUUCCAAGAAGAGAAGAGAGAAGACGGUCCACAAGUCCCCACCAUCGAUCUCCAAGACAUAGAGUCAGAAGACCAAACGAUCCGUGAGAAAUGCAUAGAGGAGCUCAAAAAGGCCGCUAUGGACUGGGGAGUGAUGCAUCUGAUCAACCACGGUAUACCUGUUGAACUAAUGGAGCGUGUGAAGAAGUCAGGAGAAGAGUUCUUCGGUUUGCCCGUUGAGGAGAAGGAGAAGUACGCAAACGAUCAAGCCAAGGGAAAGAUUCAAGGGUAUGGAAGUAAGUUAGCUAACAACGCGAGUGGACAGCUUGAGUGGGAAGAUUACUUCUUCCAUCUUGUUUACCCUGAAGACAAGAGAGAUCUAUCUCUAUGGCCUAAGACACCAGUUGAUUACAUUGAAGCGACGAGUGAGUACGCCAAGUGUCUUCGUUUGCUAGCAACAAAAGUCUUCAAGGCUCUCUCUAUCGGUCUAGGCUUAGAGCCUGACCGUCUAGAGAAAGAGGUUGGUGGCUUAGAAGAGCUUCUCCUCCAAAUGAAGAUAAACUAUUACCCGAAAUGCCCUCAGCCUGAGCUAGCACUUGGCGUGGAAGCUCACACAGACGUAAGCGCUUUGACCUUCAUUCUACACAACAUGGUUCCUGGUUUGCAGCUGUUCUACGAGGGUAAAUGGGUCAUUGCAAAAUGCGUUCCCGAUUCGAUUGUCAUGCAUAUUGGAGAUACGUUGGAGAUUCUUAGUAACGGGAAGUUCAAGAGUAUACUUCACCGCGGAUUGGUGAAUAAGGAGAAGGUUAGGAUCUCUUGGGCUGUGUUCUGUGAGCCACCAAAGGAUAAGAUUGUUCUCGAGCCGUUGCCGGAGAUGGUGAGUGUUGAAUCUCCGGCUAAGUUUCCUCCAAGGACGUUUGCUCAGCAUAUUGCGCAUAAGCUGUUUAAGAACGACCAAGAGGAUUUGGUGUCUGAGAAAAAGGAUUUGGUGUCUGAGAAAAAGGAUUAAGUUUGAGUCAUUAUACAGCAUGUGAAACUCUAUGUUGGAGUUUCUCUGUUAUCUUAUGUUUGUGUAUGUAUCAUGUCUUUGAUGUGUGUCUUAUUAAAGAUGUGAAGACAUAUUUAUAUGGAUUGUGUCAUUGUGGUAUGUUAAAGCUUGUUUACUUUAAAUAAAACUGAUUUGAUCUGACGCA